AUGGCUCAAAAGCAGUUUCUUAAGAGCAACUUUUAUGUAACUCAAGUGUUUGGGUCAAAACUGCCUGUGAAAGAAAUGGUCAAGAAGCAUGCCAUUGAAACUAGGAGGGACAUUAGAUUUGUGAAAGAUGACAAGGAAAGGGCCAGGGCAAGAUGUUUUGGGACUGUUACUGAACCUAAGCAAAAAUACACAAAGGCUAGAGUUGCAGCAGAAAAACAACAAUUAUCUUCACCAGAAAAAAGAAAAGAGAGCUAUGCAGGGGGUGUUAAGGGUCUGCAUGAUAGAGGAAAGGGUGUUAAGGGUCUGCUUGACACUGCAAAGGAUGUUGAGGGUCAAAAGGGUAGUAACUCAAAAGGUAAGGGGGUUGUUGUGGAAGAAAGAGAUGUUGGGGAAUGUGAGAGAGAAUCUGGACCAGAAAAGAAAGUCAAAAAGGUAGAAAAACCCACAUGCCCAUGGACCUUAUUUGUUUCCAUGAGAAAGGGUGAAAAUAGGUGGAUGGUGAAGACAUUAAUUGAAGAACAUAAUUGUCUACAACUAAGAACACUUAGGCAGUGUAAUUCAACUUUCAUCAUGAAUCAGAUAAUUGGAAUAGUAGAUGCAGAUCCAAAAAUCAAAGGAGCUGCCAUUCAGGACAUUAUCUCAAAAAGGUAUCAAUUGGGAGUGAAAAGGUUGACUGCUUCUAGGGCAAAGAGUAGAGCAAAAAAACUGCUUAAAGGAGAUUACACCCAACAAUAUGCAAGGUUGAAAGAUUACUGUUUGGAGUUGCAGCAGAGAAACCCAAAUACAACAAUCAGAAUUGGGACAAAUGGAGAAGCAAACUCUAAUUCAGAAACAAGACAGUUCAAGAGGAUCUAUAUCUACUUGGGGCCAUUAAAAGAAGGAUUCAAGGCUUGUAGGAGAGACCUGCUAGGAUUUGAUGGAGCCUUUAUGAAAGGUCCAUAUCUAGGACAAGUUCUAACUGCAGUUGGGGUAGAUCCUAACAAUGGAAUCUAUCCCCUUGCAUAUGUUAUAGUUGAGGCAGAAUGCUUUGAUUCAUGGAGAUGGUUUAUAGUUUGUUUGGGAGAAGACCUAGAUCUAUCUCCACAAAGUAAUUUCACUUUCAUGACAGACAGACAGAAGGGUUUGGUACCAGCAAUUGCAAAACUGUUUCCAGUGGCUGAACAUAGAUUUUGCUUAAGGCAUAUCUAUGAAAACAUGAGUAGAACUUUCAGGGGUGAAAUCAUAAGAGACUUGCUAUGGAAGUGUGCAAUCAGUACUACUGAGCAGGAUUUUGAAGUUGCAAUGGAGGAGUUGAGACAACAAAAUGAAGGUGCUUAUAAUUAUUUGAAGGCAAUACCUCCCCACCACUGGAGCAGGGCACAUUUUUCAGGUAGGGCACAUUGUGAUAUACUAUUGAACAAUAUUUGUGAGAGUUUCAAUAGUAAGUUGGUUGAGGGUAGGGAGAAACCAAUAAUUAGUUGCCUAGAGUAUAUUAGGGAGUAUCUCAUGAAAAGGAUUGUCAUUGUUCAAAAGAUAAUUGAUACACAGAAGGGUCCAUUGACACCUACAACUUCUGCAUUAUUUGAGUCCAUUAAGAAUGAUGCAAACCAUUGUACUGCUUUAUGGAAUGGAUCACAUAGCUUUCAGGUUAAGGAUUCAUACAUGGAUCAGUGUGUAGUUGAUAUACAGGAGAGGACAUGUAGUUGUAGAAAGUGGCAAUUGACUGGUAUGCCCUGCAAGCAUGCAGUUUGUGGUAUUUGGAAUGCUAGAGAUAAUUCUGUGCAUGACACAAUAGUUGAGGAUUGGGUUGAUCCAUGCUAUAGGUUAGAUACAUGGAAAGAGGUUUAUAGUUUUAAGGUGGAGCCUGUCACUGGAUCUUCUUCAUGGCCAAAGAAUAGUUGUCCAACUAGGCUUCUCCCUCAUGUUCAUAAGACUCAAGUUGGCAGACCUAAGAAACUAAGAAGGAAGAGUGUCAUGGAACUGGAAGAAGGAAAAAUGGUUAAAAAUGGCAAGCUUACAAGGACUGGGAAGACUAUUACUUGUUCAAAGUGUAAGAACAAGGGACACAAUAGAAGGCAGUGCAAGGGUCAACAACAAACUCAAACUCAAACUCAAGCAAGUCAAUCCAAGAAAAGGGUGAAGAGAAAGAACGUUGUUGGUGAGGCAAGCAACUCUGGUGCAGGUGUUAAGAGAUCAAGAAAACCUGGUGGUGCAACUCAAAAUGCAAGUCAAAAUGCAAGUCAAUCUACAAGUCACUUGUAA